AUGGAUUACGCAAACGUUUUGGGGGCUGUCAAGACCGAGCCCGAUGAGAACUCUGGACCCCUACCUCGUCUGGUCUUCUCCCACCUCAGCAAGAUGAGGCGUGUCAAGGACCCUGAGAUCUGGGAGCAGUUUACACUGCGUCUUCUUCCGAUUCUCGAUGACCUUGAGUCGGUCUGCGAAAAGAUCGCCUCCUCUCGAAAGCUCCAGCCUGCACUACUAGUCACCGCAAACAACUGGAUGCAACAGAUUCAUGGCAUCCGUGCAGAAGCUGAGCGUAGAAGGGAAACACGUGUCGGCGUUGUUGGCAAUACUGGCGAUGGAAAAAGCUCGACAAUUAACGCUAUUUUGAACGAAGAGAACCUCCUACCCACAAACUGCAUGCGCGCCUGCACAGCUGUCGCCACCGAGGUGUCAUACAAUCAUGACGACGACGUGAAGAACCCAUACCGAGCCGAGAUAGUGUUCGUCUCCCGUAACGAAUGGGUGCGCGAAGUUAGCAUUCUUCUCAGAGACCUUACCACGGUCGACGACAUGACAGCGGAUGGCAUGGAUCCAAGCAGUGAAGCAGCCAAAGCGCUAGCAAAGAUUCAAGCAGUUUAUCCAUCGUUGAAUUGCGAGAUGCUGGCCUCGACUACUUCUUCUCAACUUGCGGACCACCCAAACGUGCAGCAGGUUUUGGGCACGACCAAGACGAUCAAGGCCCCGACUGCAUCCGAAAUGCGAGAACAUGUUGAGCCCUUCAUAGACUCCAUGGACAAGGAUGAUGAUACCCCAGCUCAUUGGCCUCUAGUGAAAGUUGUCAGGAUCUUCACGAAGGCCCAGGUUCUGUCCAACGGCCUUACAAUUGUUGAUCUGCCUGGUCAUCAAGAUUGGGAUGCAGCCCGAGCGGCCGUUGCUUCCCAGUAUCUCAAAGCUUGCUCGGGCAUUUGGAUUGUGGCUCCCAUUAACAGAGCUGUCGAUAACAAAACCGCCAAAGACCUAAUGGGUGACUCGAUCAAGCGCCAGAUCAAACUUGAUGGUUCAUACUCGGCUCUGACUAUCAUUUGCUCAAAGACGGACGACAUUAACAUCAACUCUGCCGUGGAAAGCUUGAGGGGCAAGCUUGACAAAGACACCAUGCAAACAUGGGAUGAUGCCAAGAAAUGUGAGAAACAGAUCAAGGCCCUGGAGAAGGAACUUGCAACACGUCGGAACCGCCGCGGUGCACUUCAAGGACCUGAUUCUCACGGUGGCGAAACCCCGCAGGCGAAGAGAGCAAGGACAGUCCCUCCCACUCGGCCUAUUGCCGCUGAUGGAGUCACAGAAGUCGCCAAUGAGAACGACCAAAAUAUAACAGGUGUCUCGGAGACUGAUGAGAAGGAGCAGGAACUCUACGAGCUGAAACUCAAGAAGAAAGAUCUGGUGGACGAGGUUGUGCCACAGUGCAUCCAGAAACGGAACGAGCUUUCUAGAGAGGCUAUCAGGCGACAUCUUGCCAAAAGCUUUAAAGACCUUGAUCGCAACGAUGCAGCCCUUGAGCCGGAUGAUGCGACGCCGCGUGAUUACGAGGAUAUGUCUCGCCAGACGCCGGUCUUCUGUACCAGCAGUAAACUUUAUCAGGAAAUGCAUGGCAUUGUCCUGAGUUAUGGUGAUGCAACGCCCGGCUAUGAGACCGAGGAGGAUACAGAGAUUCCCCAGCUUCAAGCUCAUGCUCAGAAAAUGACCGAGGAGCUCCGCAUCACCAAGCACAAAGAAGUGCUUAGCGGGAUCUGUCAACUUCUCAAUUCGAUUGUCAUCUGGGCUCAAGAUUCUGCAAGCUCUGCCAUAACCAUCGAUCAAGCAACUCUGACGACUUUGUUGCAGACGUUUGAAGCGGAACUCCAGGGGGAUAUUGAAAACUGUAUGGACCAGCUCCAUUCGAAAACACAGACCGAUCUCUAUGCGGAAAUGACUCGCCUGAGCAGCAUCGCCACCGUCCGAGCAGACAUCAUCGCCAAAAAGUGGCAAAGUAUAAAUUAUAAUUCUUUUCGAGCCACGUGCCGUCGGCGUGGAGUGUUCGAUGAUCGGGACUUGAACGAGGAGCUCUUACAGCCUAUCAAGGGCAGAAUCUCUGUGACUUGGAACAACUUCUUCCAGUUCAGCAUCCCUCAUGUGCUGGACAACUUCGCGAUCAAGGCUGUCCAGCGAUUGGCUUCGUUCCACGAUAACAUCGUGAAACAGCUCGGCAGUCACGAGUACGAGGAGCUGCAGGCCGCUGCGCAGCUUGAUCAACAGCUGAAGAUCCACAAAGACCGAAUCAUGCGGCUUACAGCACAGGGCCGAGUAAAUAUUGACCAAGCCCAGAAGGAUGCAAACCGGUUGUUGAACCCGGCCGUCGAGGAUGCUAUGGCUCCCGGUUACCUGAAAUGUGCUAGUGAAAGCGGACCAGGCAUAACCAAGCGAAUGGCAACUGCGAUCCAGAACCACGUGUGCAAGAGCAAGGUCGCCAUGUUUGGCAAAGCAGUUGGGGACGUUAAGCAUCGCCUUAAAGAGGGAACAAAGUUGGUCGAUGAGCACAUGACGGCCCAGAUUGAGGCCAUAGUCAUGACGAUGAAGGGUGAUUACAUGCUUGCAUUGGCAGAGAGACAGAAGUCGGUUCAGCGCCUGGAGUCUUCGUUCAGGAAAAGUAUGAUGAAGGUCUUGAAGGCGGCGCAGGUUCAGUUCGCAUGA